AUGGGAUUUCCAAGGAAGCGUAACAAACGUGCCUGUGAAAUAGCGUUCUCCUUCAGCUCCUUUGCUUGCUCACGGCCUGUGAAAAAAACAAAAUCCAGAGUGAUCUACGUAAUCGUUGUUGUGCGUAGGAAGGCUUGCCUGGGCUUUGUUCUAGGGAAAAAAUCUGGCUUUGGCAAAGAUCGGAGGGAGUUGGGGGCUCUGGGUCCGCUUCCGGUCAGGCAGGAGACGGACCAGGUGUGUGACCCCAAGGACCGCAGUGGACUUGAACCUGUGGUUAAACCCAAACCAACAAAGAGAGGGGGUGAGAAGAAUGCUGGCAAAUCGAGAAGGAAGAAAAACAAAGGGAAAAACAAAAAGAAGGGGACUCCCUGUGAAAUGGAAUACAAAAACUUUUGCAUCCAUGGUGAAUGCGUAUACCUAGAACAUCUCCAGAUGGUGACCUGCAAGUGUCAUCAGGAUUUUUUUGGUGAGCGCUGUGGUGAACAGUUCAUGAAGACUCAAAGGAAGAAUGAGGUGGCAGACUACUCGAAGACUGUGUUGGUAGUGGUAGCUGUCCUGCUCUCAAGCAUCAGCUUCGUUACUGUACUUAUCAUUGUGAUAGUGCAGGUCAGGAAAAAGUGUCCUCAGUAUGAAGAGAAAGAAGAAAGGAAAAAACUUCGACAAGAAAACAGAAAUGGCCAUGUUGGUGUGUAA